AUGGGGGCAAACAAGAAGGCGGGGGUGGGUGUCCUGCAAGUGGUGCUGGCUAGAAGACGGCAUGGCGUUGGUGGUGGGGAUCACGGGGCCCGCCAGCCUGCUAUGGCUUGGUCCAUGAUUCUGCUUCAACUAUUAUUUUUCCUUGGGCUGACGAUGUCGUGCUGCGGAGAGCAGGUGAAGAGCACGAGAAAGUUGCUCACCAUGGGGCUUGUUGCAGACACCCACUACGACACAUUUCCAGUGGGGGAGAAGGCACCGUGGGAGACGAUGCGUCAUUGGAUGCGUGAGCAGCGCAAGCGAACGACGACGACGACCCUGCGCCGCUACGAUGUUGCAAAGGACAAGCUUGACGAGGCCAUUGCGUUUUUUAAUCGUGUUCCAGACAUGAAUGUGAUCGUGAAUCUGGGGGAUCUUGUUAAUAACGACUUGAUGUGGAACUUGAGGCCCAUCCUGGACAGCUUGAACCGGGCGAAAGCACCACACUACAGUGUUUUGGGCAACCACGACCUUCGUGCCCAUAAUGACCGCUUUGGAAAAACAAAUAAGACACAGGAAGCGUGGCUCAUGAGAAAACUGGGGCUGCGCCGCUGGUACUACACAAUUGACCACCCACCGUUUCGUUUCAUUUUUUUAGAUUCCAUGGCAAAUGAUCCUGAAAAUACCAACAUGACCACAAAAGAGGCACAAACGAAGUGGCUGGAAGAACAACUGCACGCUGUUAAGGCUGCCGGUCGCGUGGCAGUUCUCUUUGCUCAUGUUCCCAUUGGAUUUGAAACAAAUCGACUAGGACCGCUCUUAAAAGCGUAUGAGCAGAUGCCCUUAGUGUUUUCUGGGCAUAAUCACAAGGGGGACUACACGGUUCAGGGGACGCAUCGCGUUCACUGUGUCACGCUGGAGGGGCAAAUUGAGACAUUGACCAAUGCGUUUGCAGUGGUGGAAGUGUUUGAAGAUCGUGCAGAGCUGACUGGGUUUGGUCGUGUUCCGUCGCGUAUCAUGCGCUUUCAGCCCCACGUCGUGAAGCUGCUUCAGGCGUAUCAUGGGCCACUGCAGCACAAUUUGUCAUCUCAGGGAUGCCAACCCCCUUCGGCUGAAGAACUUUGGGCGAGCGAGGUGCUGCAGCGUCCACCUACUCUACAACUGAAUAUCCCAUACUACAGGAAGCCAGCGCUUUCACCAGCGUUGGCACAGUCCUUUCCAAGAACACGUUUCUACGUUGAGCUGAUGACCUGGCCGGACACGAAACAAACGCAUACUAUUCGUGUUCCGGAGGAACCUGUGGAUCUUACUUCUGCGACAAAGCGGCGCACACUACUUAUCAAUGGCACAUUUGUCGAAGGGGCUCCUGUAGCAACUCGCCAAAUUUCCGCUGUUAACGCGAAUUCCAUGAAUCUUGGGAAAGACGUGUCUCAAGCAGGAAAACAAGUUUAUUUAAAGAGUGUGGACGUGAACACGCUAUGGGAGAAGGAAUGGAUCUUUAUUCUUGCAGUAUGGUUCUUUUUGCUGGCGUUCACCCUGGUGCUGCUGUGGAGUGUCAAGCGGAAAACCCACGCAAGACGCGGGGUAUGA